AAAGUUUUAGGGUUUUGUUUGGAUUGGUUUGGUUUUUCUUCGGAUUGAGUAAAGCCGCUUUUUUGGAAGUUAAGGAAUGUAAUAAUUGGCUUUGAAGAAGUCAACCCAUUCUCCUCUUCAUUUUUGAUCCAUUCAUUGCUCGGCCUUUCUUCAGCUGGGCUGGAUUUUCAACAUCUAUGGUCUUCACUUUACAUGGGCACUAGAUUUUUUAAAAAAGAAAGGGGAUUUGUCACUUAUGUCAAUCCAAAUUAUAAUUUGCAUUUAGACAUUGACGUGGAAUUUACGAGUCUAAGAAACAUCGCCUUCUCACCGUGAAAGUCGGGGGUAAGAAGCCAGGAGUUCAUGUUUGUUAAUCCACUUGUAAGUCAUAAGCAAAUCAUUCCAUUAAAUAGCAUAACCACAGAAAGAAAGAAAUUAAAGGCCUUCUGAAGUUAUGCCUAAUUACCAAGGAAAGUAUCUCUCUCUUGCCGUUUUUCUAGCUUUGCUGGUAUUGCCAUCUUCCUGCAAUGGCAAUUCAGUGCCAAAUAGAGAAGCUAAGGCUUUACUCAAAUGGAAAGAAAGCUUCGGUAAUCAAUCUAUUUUCCAGUCAUGGGUCACUCCAGCUACUGCCAAUGCUACUACUCAAAGUCCAUGCAGAUGGCGGGGAGUAACCUGCAAUAAUGCAGGAAAUGUAAUUGCAAUAAAUCUUGCAUACACGGGUUUGAAAGGUACCAUUGAAAACUUAGAUUUUUCUUCCUUCCCAAACCUUCUUCGGCUUGAUCUUAAAGUAAACCAGCUCACAGGCAAAAUACCAUCCAACAUUGGCUUGCUUUCAAAACUUCAGUUCCUUGAUCUUUCCACAAAUUCUUUAAACAGCAGGCUUCCUCUUUCUCUUGCCAAUCUCACUCUAGUUUAUGAGCUUGACAUUUCACGAAACAACAUAACAGGUGAAUUAGACCCGUCUUUAUUCCCUGAUGCAAAUAGUCGAUCUAAAACUGGCCUCAUGAGUCUCAAAAAUUUUCUCCUCCAAGAUACUCUGCUUAGUGGCAGAAUUCCUAAUGAGAUUGGCAAUUUGAAACAUCUGUCUUUACUAGCUCUAGAUGGGAGUCAUUUCUGUGGCCCUAUCCCUCCAUCUUUGGGUAAUUUGAGCAGUUUAACCGUUCUACAGCUUUCCAGCCUUCAACUUUCAGGAAACAUUCCUGUUAGUUUUGGCACUUUACGCAAGUUAAAUAUUCUUUAUUUGCACAUAAACCACUUAUCCGGUUUUGUACCGGAAGAGUUGGGAAAUCUUUCAUCAUUAGUAGUUCUCCAUCUCGCUGAGAACAACUUUAGUGGUAACUUGCCAUCAGAAGUUUGUGGAGGUGGAAAGCUUGUCAAUUUCAGUGCCUCCUUCAACAAUUUCUCAGGUCCUAUUCCAAAAAGCCUGAAGAAUUGCAAGACCUUGUAUAGAGUUCGGCUCGAAUAUAAUCAACUUACAGGAAACAUAGCCCAAGAUUUUGGUGUGUACCCAAACCUCACAUAUAUUGACUUGAGUUACAACAAACUGAGUGGUGAACUCUCGCCAAAUUGGGGAGAAUGUCGGAACUUGACACUGCUGAAAGCUGCCGGUAAUAUGAUAGGUGGUAAGAUCCCAGAUGAGAUUACUCAGUUGAACCAAUUAAUAGAGCUUGACCUUUCUUCCAACCAACUUUCAGGAAUCAUUCCUACCCAAGUUGGAAAAUUAUCAAAAUUGUUGUCCUUGAGCCUGAAAGAUAACAAACUUUCAGGUCCAAUACCUGUAGGAAUUGGAGGACUAUCGAAUUUAGAGUCUCUGGACCUCUCCACGAAUAUGCUCACUGGGCCAAUUCCAUACCAGUUGGGGGACUGCUCCAAGCUGCGGGAUUUACGUUUGAAUGAAAACGGCUUGAAUAGCACAAUUCCAUAUCAAAUUGGUAAUCUUGUAGCCUUGCAAGAUUUACUUGAUUUGAGUUAUAAUUCACUUUCUGGAGAGAUACCAUUGCAACUUGGGAAGCUUACAAGUUUGGAAAGCUUAAACCUAUCACACAACAAUCUCUCCGGUAAAGUUCCUUCUUCAUUUAGCAACCUGUGGAGCUUGGUGGCUGUUAAUCUCUCAUAUAAUAACUUGGAGGGUCCUCUUCCCAACAGCAACUUCUUUCGGUCAGCUCAACCAGAGGCUUUUAGCAACAACAAAGAUCUAUGCGGUGAAAGACAAGGUUUAAAACCUUGCAAUGCCACAUUUACAGAGAACGGUGGAAAUGAUAAGCGCAAGAUCGUUAUAAUUGUUGUUGCAUCUUUGGCAAGUAUAUCAAUCCUUUUAAUGGUUUGUAUAUGGAUUUUAUCAUUUCUCCGUUACAGAUCAGUAAAUCAGUCCAAAGUUGAAGGUAGAGCAAACAGAGAAAACCUUUUCUCAAUAUGGCAGUUUAAUGGGAAAUUCAUGUACAAAGACAUCCUUGAAGCUACAAAGAAUUUCGAUGAGACAUGCUGCAUUGGAGUGGGAGGAUUUGCAAAAGUCUAUAAAGCGGAAAUGCCAGAUGGUCAAGUAUUUGCUAUUAAGAAGUUGAGCUCCCAUACUGACAUAGAGAUGCAGCUGGUGAAAAGUUUCAAGAAUGAGGUUGCAGCUCUGACAGAGUUAAGACAUCGAAACAUCGUAAAACUCUAUGGGUUUUGUUCUGAAAGAAGACAUUUAUUUUUGGUGUAUGAGUUCAUGGAAAGGGGAAGCUUGGCUAAGAUCUUAAGCAAUGACGUAGGAGCAAAGGAAUUAGAUUGGACGAAAAGGAUUCAAAUUAUUAAAGGGGUUGCUCAUGCUCUAUCUUAUAUGCAUCAUGAUUGUGUUCCACCAAUAAUUCAUCGAGACAUAUCGAGCAAGAAUGUCUUAUUGAGCUCUGAACUUGAGGCCCGUGUAUCAGAUUUUGGCACUGCAAGGUUGUUGAACCCUGAUUCAUCCAACUGGACAGAGGUUGCAGGAACUUAUGGCUAUGUUGCUCCAGAGCUUGCUUACUCUAUGGCAGUCACUGAAAAAUGCGAUGUAUAUAGUUUUGGUGUUUUGGCACUCGAAGUUCUGACGGGAAACCAUCCUGGGGAACUUAUAUCAUAUCUACAUUCAUCCCCUGAUCAGAGAAUCGGCUUGGCUGAUGUGUUAGAUCCCCGCCUCUCUUCUCCUGUGGAACAACAAUCUGAAGAUGGAUUAUCUUUCAUGUUAAAUCUUGCAAUUUUAUGUUUUAAUCCCAAUCCCCAAUCUCGACCAACUAUGCGUAGUGUAUCUCAGCAGCUUGAAGUAGGUUGCUUCUGGUAGAGAUGGAACUCGACUGCAAGUAUCUUCUAAGCUAUAAACAAGUGAAUUAAACUCCCUCAUGCUCAGCUUAUUGUUGUUUUUUUUUCAUUUUUUAACUCUUGCAUCCAAGCUUAUGCUUAUUUUGCUAUUUUCGUUGUGCUCAAAUUAAGUAUCCUUUGAAUGUAUCAAGUA